AUGGCUCGGCGACUAUUUACUCUGUUGGCAACAACAAUUUUUGUUAUCAACUCAGUUCAAGCUGCUCCAUUACGGCGGCGGGAUUAUAGUGGUCAAGGCACUUUUUUUACGCCUGGACUCGGGGCUUGUGGGGGCUACAAUUCGGCAGACGAUCUAAUUUGUGCCAUGAACAAACCGCAGUUUGACGACGGUGGUAACCCUAACAAUAAUCCAAUGUGUG